CUAACGUCAGUCAUCGGUUGCCAUUCGGGUGGAAUGUUAUUUUCGCAUUGUGUUCUAAAUUAAAUAACAAAAUGAAAAAUUUCCCCGUGUUCGUGUUCCCCGUUUCUCUAGAGUUUUAUCUGAGUGCUCGUCAUACACACAAACAGUUAUUGACUGUUUACAAUCCAUACGAUUUCUCUGUAAAUUUUAAAGUGUUAUGUACUGCUCCGAAUAAGUUCACAGUGAUCGAUCCUGAAGGGUUGAUAGCUCCCCAAAGCUGCAUUGAUAUUGUUGUGCGUUACACACAACCGUCUGUAUUGCAUUGCAACACGACAGAGAAGUUUCGAAUAACUAUGUACGACAGAAAUACCCAGCAGGCACUGGGCAAGAGGGACAUCCCGACAAAAUUACUAGAAGGUGAACCAAUAAACCCUAAUCUGGAGAGCUUAGGAGACAGUUUCCACCCCCUAUCUUCUAGAGUGACCCCCCAGAAACAGGCCGAAGAACAUAUGCAUGUCCAAUGCAACCAUCCACAUCACAGAGAACAUCAGCCAGUGAAUGUAGUGGCAGUAGCAGUGAGUAUAUGCUGCAUUGCCGCACUCCUGCUUCCAACUCAGCCGGAAACGGUGGCAGAAUCACAGUUCCCGGAGUGGCUCCACAUUGGAUCCAACCUCAAACUAGUGUUUUCCUUCGUCCUAGGGCUUGUCAGUAUGCUAGUACUACGACCAUAAGACUUAUAUUCUAGAUCUAAAUUUCUGUGUAUGCUUUAAUACUUUUUUUGGACCAUUUUGAAAACCUGCAUGUACAAACUUGAGUAUAACAGGGAUUGUUUUAUUUGUUAUUUGCACAUUUUGCAAAUUAUUAUACUUACAUGCUUUCAAAGGAUAGUUAAUUUUAUAAAAAUGUUAAUGUAAAUCAAUUUUCACACUUGACUAUGUUGAAUUCAAAAUUUUAUAUUAAAGGGAAGAAUGGAAAAAAUUACGCUUCCGGCAGGACUUGAACCCGCAACCUCCGCAAUCCGUGCGUUUGCUCUAACCAAUUGAGCUACGGAAGCCUACCAGAACCUCGCGUAUCUUUCUGGCCAUUUUUUCCUUUAAAUAUAAAAUUUGUAAUAUCGCUCGCAGACGUAUCUGCUUGUUUAAACAAAAUUGUUGAAUUCUGUUCUUUAAAAAUGUAUUCUAAGACCUAUAGGAUAAAUUACUUGGUAUAUAUGUGGCUUUUCAUCAGAGAAGGGUACUUAAUUAUUUAUGCUUCAUGUAAUCAUGUGCAAUAAGGACCUUUCUAUCAGAAUUUCUGUUGGAAUUUCAUAUAAAAAGACCUUAUUGAGCUUGAAGCUUAAGGACCCUUCUGUGUGGAAAGCCACAUAUGAUCGCUGUGUGCUGUCAAGUGUAAAUUAAGCUAAAUAGUAAUAGAACCUAUAUUAAGAGUGCUCCAAAAAAUUUUAAGGUUCACUUUCAGGUAAAAUCCUAUUUACAACUUGAUCUAAUCAAGGUAACGGCCUGGCCACGACAUUGCGUGACUGGUAACGGCUAAAGCGACAACCAUAGGUUGGAGCGAGACAGCGAUCGGACCUUUCGUUCCCACCAGUGGUUUUCCCCUUAGCCAAAGCCAGUCGCGCAAUAUCAUGGCUAGGCCGUAAGUGAAAUUUGAUGAUUAAAGAAAUUAAUAUGCAUAUUGAAUAUUUCUUUUGAAAUGCAGCAAUCAGGGGCAUACACACUAAACUUUAUAAGUACUCACACAAUUGUCUAAAACUGCUGUGUACUAAAAUAUGUAUGUUUAUAUAAGCUUAUGACUAGAGAUGCACCGGAUAUUCGGUUCGGUUCCUACGGUCGGUGACCUACUAUCCGGCCGGAUACCGGAUAGUAACAUUGCUUGAUUUCGGAGUAAACUAAUUGGAUUUAAGAAACAGUCUUGAUCAUAAUCGUACUUGUUUGUUAUUUUAAAACAAUUUAAACAUUCCACUGACUUGCACGCGCACUCAUUUCGAACCUAGAAUCCGCGCAAACGUUCGCUACGAAACAGGUCAAACCAGCAGAAUGCGCACCUGAAAAACCGAAAUGUAGGUAUAGUUCCGCUGGCCGAAUAUUCGGCGGCCGGAUACCGGAUAUUCGGCCGAUGGUCAUGCCGAAUAUCCGGUAUCCGGUAUUCGGCCAAACAAUAUCCGUUGCAUCUCUACUUAUGACUGGGUAUCAGUUGUCCCAAGAAUUCAGGUAUUGUUUGAUUGCGUAUUAUUCUUAAUUUGUGCAGCUCGUGACUUGUCAUUUGAAGGUAAUAAAUACCUUCUAGAUAUACAGGGUGUGUCGUGUGUCUGACCAUGGGGCUUUAAAUCCAGGGCUCGAUUCUACUCGCUAAACUGAGCUACUUUUAUUACGGCACCACCCCCGAAAUCCCGAAAAAAAUGUUUACUCUUUCAUACAUUUUGGCUGAUCAGAUGUCGAUGUUUUCUAUGGAAAAGCCAAAAAAAAAUCCCCGAUUUUAAGGUUGGCCCCAUAGUAAAAGUAGCUCAGUUUAGCGAGUAAAAUCAAGCCCUGGAUUUAAAGCCCCAUGGUCAGACACACCAUGUACUUUUCUUGUAUUGGUGCAAUGCUGAUAUUAUUUUAUUUUAAACUUGACAUAAUCUACUUUAAAUUGGAAUAAGGUGCUAAAUCUGUAAUGUGUGUGAUAUUAUUUUUUUACUUUACAAUUGGUUAUUUUUUAAUUUAUGACAAUACAAUGAAAUAAGUAGAGUCACCUCCUACUAUAUUUCAUUUUAUGAGUAUUUUGCAUUUAUAUCUAAAAGUGAAGUACUUGCAUAUCAAUUUUAUAAAAAAAAGUCUUAUAGGUAUGCGGUAAGUGUAAAACCUACAGUGUAAAAUACCUACCAACAACAAAAGUUUUCUUUGAUUUAGGUAUUUGAUUUAGAACUUGUUAUCUAUCGUGUUUCUAUUAAAAGCCUAUAAUAGAAACAAGAUCAAUGGGCAUAAAAAAUAUAAAGACACGUCGAUUUCUCUCUAUAUUUUUUUUACAAAAAAAAUUAGCAGUAGCAGCUCUUAAUAGUCCAUUUAAAAAUCCAUCCUGUAUAGCAGAAUUCCAUUUCUUUUUAUUAUAAAUAGUGUACAUACGUAAAUUAUUUUGUAUAUUGUCAGUGUGUGUGUAAACCGUAUGUCUGGGGUGGGGACCAUUGUUGUGGAAGUGUACCUAAUGAUACCAAAUAGUAAGGCGGUGACAUUGAAAUAAAGUACCUUAAGCAAAA